AUGCAUGAUGUCAGGCUCAUUACCUCAGCAAAUCAACCCAACAGCUGUCUUGAUAUUCUAGAUGCUCGAACCAAUUCCCCCACCUUAGCUGGCUGGGGUAUUUUUGUGUUUUCAAUCUUCAACCAGCUUCGUUUUUCUGGUGCUGGUGUACUGUUAUCUGACAUGGAGAAUGAGAAAGUUAAGGGAAGUGUUGACAAUAUUGGUGAACUAGAUGAGCAAGAAGACCAGAAGAUGGAGCAGUUUUUCGCGUUGAUCAGAAGUUUUCAAGAUGCUCGUAAUAGAAGGAAAGAUGAAAUGGAAGAGAAGCAACAGAAGAAGAAGGCUAGAGGGCCAAAUGAUCAAGAACAGCAGUCGAGUUGGGUGCCAUCUUUUGAAUGGGAAGAUUUCACAAAGGACAUUCAGUUUAGAAAUCCUCCUCUCAUCUUCCCCGGUCCCUGUAAUAACGAGAAGAAAUUAGAAGACAAAAAACCAAAAGAAGAUGAUGGUUUAGAUCUGGGACUCACUCUUUAA